GGCGCGGGAAGCAGGAGGCGGCGGCGCGGGAAGCAUGGCCCGGAGGCGCGCGGCGGCUUGGGCCGCGCUCGGGCCGCUGCUGUGGGGCUGCGCGCUGGCGCUGCAGGGCGGGAUGCUGUAUCCCCGGGAGAGCCCGUCGCGGGAGCGCAAGUCGCUGGACGGCCUGUGGAGCUUCCGCGCCGACUUCUCCGACACGCGGCGCCGCGGCUUCGAGGAGCAGUGGUACCGGCGGCCGCUGCGGGAGUCGGGCCCCACCCUGGACAUGCCGGUUCCCUCCAGCUUCAAUGACAUCAGCCAGGACUGGCGGCUGCGGCAUUUUGUCGGCUGGGUGUGGUACGAACGGGAGGUGACCCUGCCGGAGCGGUGGACCCAGGACCUGCGCACAAGAGUGGUGCUGAGGAUUGGCAGUGCCCACUCCUAUGCCAUCGUGUGGGUGAACGGGGUCAACACACUUGAGCAUGAGGGUGGCUACCUCCCCUUCGAGGUCGACAUCAGCAGCCUGGUCCAGGUGCGGCUGACUGCCCAGACGUCAGUGGGUCCUGUGUCUGACUUCUACACGCUCCCUGUGGGGAUCCGAACUGUGGCUGUCACAGAGAGCCAGUUCCUCAUCAAUGGAAAACCUUUCUAUUUCCACGGCGUCAACAAGCACGAGGAUUCGGACAUCCGAGGGAAGGGCUUCGACUGGCCGCUGCUGGUGAAGGACUUCAACCUGCUUCUCUGGCUUGGUGCCAACGCCUUCCGCACCAGCCACUACCCGUACGCGGAGGAGGUGCUGCAGAUGUGUGACCGCUAUGGGAUUGUGGUCAUCGAUGAGUGCCCUGCCGUGGGCCUGGUGCUGCCGCAGCACUUCAGCAACACGUCUAUGAACCACCACAUGCGGGUGAUGGAGGAGCUGGUGCGCAGGGACAAGAACCACCCUGCUGUGGUGAUGUGGUCAGUGGCCAACGAGCCUGCGUCCUCCCUGGAAUCUGCCGGCUACUACUUCAAGAUGGUGAUCACUCACACCAAAGCCUUGGACCCCUCCCGGCCUGUGACCUUCGUGACCAACUCCAACUAUGCAGCAGACAAGGGGGCUCCGUACGUGGACGUCAUCUGUGUGAACAGCUACUACUCUUGGUAUCACGACUACGGGCACCUAGAGUUGAUUCAGCUGCAGCUGGGCACCCAGUUUGAGAACUGGUAUAAGACUUAUCACAAGCCCAUUAUUCAGAGCGAGUACGGAGCGGAAACGAUUGUAGGGUUUCACCAGGACCCACCUCUGAUGUUCAGUGAAGAGUACCAGAAAGCGCUGCUGGAGCAGUACCAUCUGGGUCUGGAUGAAAAACGCGGAAAGUAUGUGGUUGGAGAGCUCAUCUGGAAUUUUGCCGAUUUCAUGACUAACCAGACACCGCAGAGAGUGCUGGGGAAUAAAAAGGGGAUCUUCACUCGGCAGAGACAACCAAAAGCUGCAGCGUUCCUUCUGCGAGAGAGAUACUGGAAGAUUGCCAACGAAACCAGGUAUCCCCACUCAGCUGCCAAGUCACAGUGUUUGGAAAACAGCCCAUUUACCUGAGCAAGAGCUACCUCUCGGCUGACACCCCUGCGUGUCCUUCCUGCGAGUCAGGGCGACUUCCACAGCAGAACACAUGCCUCCUGGACUGUUCACAGCUGGCCAGAAUGUUUCUGGCCUGGGUUUUGUGGUCCGUCUGUGCUAGCGGGGAACACGAGAGGUGGAAAUAAGAGAUUUUCUAGUAUGGAAAUAAACAGUUAGCAUGAAAAUGGCUGCUUAAAGAAUCUGAAAUCAUUUCUGUGCGUCAGGCUGUUUUCAGAGCCUUUACUCUGGACUUCUGAAAAACUCCAACACCCACACCAUGUUUAGAGCAGCUGGUUCCAGACAGCAUCUGCAGGGGUAGCCUCAUGGUCCUAGGGCUGCCGUGUUUCUGUAGCAAACCUGGCAAGCCUCGACGGGGUGAGCAGAAGACUUUCACUGCUGGUGUCUGACUCCCCAGAUGGGCUGAGUCCCACAGGUACCAACAAGGUCACAGAAGUGCUGUCAUGCUGCAGUACCGCACAGGGUCUGUACACGUUUCCACAUAGGAAUUCCAUGAACUAGAGGUCUGAGAACUCUGAAUCUUCUGCAAGUUACAUAUCAUUUAAGAGAAAAAGAACCCUGUAUACCUUAGAAAUGAGGUUACAGCAUGGACUUCAAGCAUACAAGGCUCCGAGUGAGUCUAAAAAAACUCAGCUUCUUUUCUGGAAUGCAACCCUGCAGUUGAAGAAUAAUGGCAGCACAACUUCCACAGGUAAGAGUUGAAGGCAUUUGCAAGAAUGCAAUAUCAAGCCAAGCUUUAACUAUACUUUGCUGAUUGAUACAAACUAGGAUGAAAAACCAUUGGAUAUUGGGAUGCGAGGAACUUGUUUAGUGUAACUGGUGUAACGUAUACCACAGUUUUAACCAUGAAGCCACUUCCACCGUAGCUUAGAAGAAAGAACCAGGGGACUGCCCUAGGGGAGCUGGAUGCGCCGCCCAAGAUGGCCGCCCAGCACAGUCCUCAAACGCGAGACUUCCUUCUCCACAGACACCAGACAGCCAAUCAGUGCUUUCUAGAGUUCUUCCACUACUUCAGAACACAAUAGUACAUACAGACUAAAACGGCCACUGAAAGAUUCACAUUCAUGGGAAAACACAAGCCUUGAUGAAAUCUUGAGUUAAGCUAUCUUUUAAGAAACUGGUUAAAACUGGUGAAAAGUUCAUUACAAUUUGGACUUGAUACUUGCCUUGGGCUAAAAGACCUAUGUUGCGUCCAUUAAUAGUUGGAAACUACUGAAUUGUUGCUGACUCUACACAUUUUAGUUCACAGAACAGAGUCUGUUCCCUCCCUUCAAAGAGAAGGCAAAUAAAGCACUCAAGAGGUACCAGCCUCAUUGACUAUUUUUAACAUAAAACGAUUAAUCAAAUCAGAAGCAAAAACAUUGCUGCUGCUUCUCAACCAGAGGAGUCAAAUGAUCACACAGGACCCUUCUGCAGAGUGCGGGUUUUCUACCUGUCGGCAAAGAAAGGAAGGAAGGACACUUCUGCCCAAGGUCAACACACAAAAUAUUUGGUUUGAGAUUUAAGACAGAAGGCACUUUUAACAUUCUGACAUCAGAUGUUAACCACAGAAACGUCCUGUCACAUUGUCAUUUGGGCUUACUCGAAUCCCCUUUCCAAACUCUUCUUACUGCAUGUGUGUCGUUAUGAGAGCAGUGGCGACAUGACUGUAUUUCGCCUUGAGAUGUGUCUACCUGUUGCUGUCCCCCGAUGAAGCAGACUGCGCAGCAUGUCAGCCCUGAAGGUCACAAAUCCAGGAUUUCACUCCAAAAAAAAUUAGACAUCCAAGUGGUUAGUGCAGAGAGAAACAAUUAGCAAGAACACUGGCUCCCACUCUGGAGUGAUAGGGCUUACACUGGUCAUUUCCAUCACAAUACUGUUUGGUUGACUGGCACCAGUAUUAAGGAAAAAUAUCUGUGAAAAUUCAACUGGUGGAAGAAAGUUUACCUAAAAAUGCCAUGUUUAUAUUUCCAGCUUUUCUCCAAAGAAAAAUACCCAUCUUCCCAUCCUAGUGUCCUCCAGGCCUCGGACUUACUCUGUAAGGUUAACAAUUGGUCCAGUUUUACAACCAGACACAAAUCUGACUUGAACGUUCCAAUUCAAUUUCUUCCUUUUAGAAAGUGGGAGAUGAAAGGGAACCAACCACCCUAUUUUUUUUUUUCGCCCUGUAAUUUUUGCAAUCGAUGCUGCACCCACGGCUGCCAGCACUUUUCUCAAGAUGCUGUGUAUGGGCUAUUCUCACUACCUCCUCAGUCCACGCCGAGCUGACAGUUCUUCAGUGCUAACUCCAACUAAACUGCACAGUAAGUUCUGCAGGGAUGGAUCCAAUAUUUCUACUUUUAUUUACAAAUAUCACAUAAAUGGAUUCUAGUUGAAUCUACAUGUUUAAAUCCAUCGGCUAAAAACAUAUUACAUAUUGUAAACAUGGCAAUAUUUAAUACAGUAUCUAUUCUAAAAUAUUUUCAUGUCAUGAUCACAUUUGUUAUACCUGAAAUUGAAUUUAUACACUUUAAGGAAUUACUAGCAAUGGUUGCUCACUUUACAAUUGAGGGAAGGGGGCUAGGGCUACAUUUUAUCAUUUCAAAAACAUCUUCAAAGUAAAGUUAAAGCUUGUCUUUGAUUGGCUUGGCGUAUCCUUUUUGUAUCCAUAUUUAAAAUGAAGAUUGACACAAAAAAUAGCGAGGGCCCCUUCUAAUUUAUAGGAUUUUUAAAAACCAGUUUAAGAUUCUUAGGGAAAGCGUCUGUUGUGAAGAA